UUCUUCCGUGCCCUUCUUUUUCCCACCAACCCAGAAGAAACUACUUUCCGUUUCUUUCUUUUCUUUGGAGUUCAAUCUGCAGUAGGCAGGGAUCAUCCAACGAAAAGCUCAGCUACCAACUAAAGAUACGCAGGGAUUUUCCCAUGCUUCCAUCAUAAGACAUACCUCGUCAACAUUCUCCAAAUCUCCAUUUUCAAAUUCCAUGUGUCUGCGUCUCUGAAUUUUUUCUUCCGUCUUUCAUGGCGGCUACAAGCUCCACACAGUUCCUAUCACAUUCCUCACCUUCUUCUUCUCUCUUUUCUCCCCCUUCCGAUUUAACGUAUUUUCGAAAUACUCAGUUACGAUUCGCCUCCAGAAUCUCGGAAAAGCCCUUAUCCAUAAGAGAUGUCAGGAGAAGCAGAAGAGCAGGAACAGAGCGUGGUGAGAGUGGAACAAGGCGGCAAUGGGCGGCGCCGGCGAGGUGCACGGCGGAGGGGGUAGAAGGAGGAAUGGUGAGGAGAGAAGGAGGGGGAGUGAGGACAAUGCCGGAGAGGCACAAGGUGGCGUUUUUGGUGGCUUGUGUAAUGUGUCUCUGCAAUGCUGACAGGGUCGUGAUGUCCGUUGCUGUCGUACCUCUCGCUGCCAGACAUGGAUGGUCCAGUUCUUUCCUCGGCGUCGUUCAAUCAUCAUUCCUGUGGGGAUACAUAUUGUCGUCAGUGAUAGGAGGAGCUCUGGUAGACAGAUAUGGAGGAAAAAGUGUGAUGGGUUGGGGAGUGCUUUUGUGGUCUUUGGCCACUUUUAUUACUCCUUGGGCUGCCAAUCACUCCACAUUUUCCUUAUUGAUGGCUCGAGCUUUCUUUGGACUCGCUGAAGGAGUAGCUCUUCCCUCCAUGACCACUCUCUUAUCAAGGUGGUUUCCAAGUCAUGAAAGGGCAAGUGCCGUUGGCAUUUCAAUGGCUGGAUUUCAUCUUGGAAAUGUCAUAGGCUUGUUGCUAACCCCAAUUAUGCUGUCGUCCACUGGGAUUUCCGGUCCUUUUCUUUUGUUCUCAUCUAUUGGCUUUCUCUGGGUGUUGACAUGGGCAUACCGAGUCACCAAUGAUCCUCAAGACAGUCAUUUCAUCAGUAGAUCGGAGCUAAGACUAAUCCAAGCUGGAAAAACCACGGGUUCUUCCAAACAAAGUACCAAGUUCCCUCCCUUGCGCCUUUUGCUAUCUAAAUUACCAUCUUGGGCUAUCAUUUUUGCCAAUGCAACGAACAACUGGGGUUACUUUGUUCUCCUUUCAUGGAUGCCAGUUUACUUCAAAAGUGUAUAUAAUGUAAACUUGAAGCAGGCAGCCUGGUUUAGUGCAGUUCCAUGGGCAACAAUGGCGAUUUCAGGUUAUAUAGCUGGUGCAACAUCAGACUCCUUGAUCAAGGAAGGGUACCAUCUAACAUUUGUCCGAAAGUUCAUGCAGUCCAUUGGAUUCAUUGGACCAGGUUUGUCCUUGCUCUGCUUGAACUAUGCCAAUACACCAGCAACUGCUGCUAUUCUCAUAACUGCAGCUUUGAGCUUGAGUUCUAGUCAGGCGGGCUUUAUGCUCAAUUUCAGUCAGGCGGGCUUUAUGCUCAAUAUUCAAGACAUUGCUCCACAGUAUGCUGGAUUCCUACAUGGAAUUUCAAAUUCUGCUGGAACUCUAGCAGCUAUCAUAAGCACAAUUGGAACUGGUUAUUUUGUGGAAUGGUUGGGAUCUUUUCAAGCAUUCUUAACUGUAACAGCAGCGCUCUAUUUUGUGAGCACAAUCUUUUGGAACCUUUUUGCCACAGGCGAGAGAGUUUUUUGACAUAAAAAAUUGAAGUGUUCGAAGAUCCAUCUGCAACUUUAAUAUCUGAAGACAUGAUCCCCCACCCCCCCACCCUUUUUAUCUGAAAGGUGCAACUGUCAUUCUUCUGGCUAAUUCAAACUCCACCAAAACCAACAUAUAUAUAUAUAUAUAUAUAUUUUUUUUUUUUGAAAAAAGUAAAUGUCUUAGUGAUAUGGGUGUAUGUUGAAUUAUUUUGAUAUCAAUCCCAUAUAUCUCAUUCUUCAUUUACUCAUCUUCGGAUAUAUGUUAUGCUGCUCAAGAUGUCCAUUGUCCAGUUAGUUCACUAAUAUAGCUUAUCUGGGUGAUUAUAAACAAAAGGGAAAUUUAUCUUGGACAUUGAAAUAUUGUAACCCUGAAUUUUGUGGCAGACUUCAAUUUUGUCAUGUAAUAUAUUUUUUCUGGGUCUUGUCUUCACCUGCGUGAGAUGUGAUACAUUGAUAAUUAAUUAAUUAAUUCAUUAUUUUAUUAUA